UCGAUGUAUAAAGUUUGUAAACAUGUGUUGUUGCAGAAAUGUUUACGAAUUGACACUUGGAUGUGAUUGUGCCGCUCGAUGUUAAUUUUGUUAGUUUAAAGACAUAAUAAUACUGAAAGUAAGACAGAUCAACGCCAUGAGAGAAAUUUUAGGACCCCUUUUGGGGCUAUUAUGCUUCCUUUUGACGGGCACCACAGUGAAGUGUCAAGGUAAAGUCAAGCCUGUAACAACUCAUCUUUCUGCCAAAUGGAGUCACACACCUCUGUUAUUGGAGACUGCAGAAUAUAUGAGAGAAGAGAGCAUUGCAACCUUCUGGGAGUUUGUGGAAGCUGUUUCACAAAAAGAUUUUACUCUUUUUACUAAAGGAAGUGAUAAAGCAGCAUAUAAUGAGAUCCUUGGAACUGCUGGUCAGUUUUUGUCACCGUCUCAAGUCAGCAUUUUGAAGCUUAGCCUGUCCAUGAGAGUGUACUCACCAAAGAUUGAAAUGUUUCGUCAGAUUGCUCUAGACAGAAAUCUCCCAACUGGAGAGGACUGUAUAGCCGUAUUUGAUGUUAAUGGAGAGCUUACAUGUAAUAUUGAGGCAAUGAAGAAAUUAGUGGAAGUAGGUUCAGGCACUAAACCUGUAUCUUAUGAUAUGGACCAUCAUUAUCCGGGAGGAGAGAAUUCUAAGGUUGGAGUCACCCUUUAUGCUGAAUUAGGAACUAAAGAAUUCAGAAUACAUCAUUUAGCAGUGAAGGAACUUGUUGGAUUGGGAAAAAUUGAUUAUGUUCUUCGACCAUAUAUAAAGGGAAAUUCCAAAAAGAAGGUCCGAUUAAGUGGAUAUGGUGUGGAGCUUGCCAUCAAGAGCACUGAAUACAAAGCACAAGAUGACACCAAAGUGCAAGAUGAUGGAGGCAGACAGGAGGAAGAUGAUGAACAGGAAGUGGAGGUUGAGGGUUUCCUCUUCUCUAAGCUUGAGUCACUUCACCCAGAGAAAAUGGAGGAGCUAGAACAGCUUCGCAAUCAUUUGGUUGAGUCCCGGCGAAUGGCACCCAUGAAAGUGUGGCAGCUGCAGCACCUGAGUAUGCAAGCUGCUCAGCGUAUUAUGACAACACCGAGGGAAGAGCAGUUGAGUGUCUUUGUACACACAGCUCAAAAUUUUCCUAUGCUGGCACGGUCUUUAGUGAGAACAAAGGUUGAUGACAAGAUGAAAAGAGAGAUCUUGAAGAACCAGAAUCAGCUGAGUGCACAGAUGGAUGUCAACCCCUCUGAUGCUGCUCUCUUUAUUAAUGGGAUGUACUUUGAUAUGGAUUUCACUGACAUCUACACACUUCUAGACCACAUCCGCACAGAAGACCGUGUUAUGGGGGGUCUUUAUAAACUGGGUGUUCCAGGAGAGUCACUUAGUACACUGUUAAACAUUGAUCUUAGUGAAAGUAAGCAAGAUUAUGGUAUUGACAUCCGUGAUACUGCUAUUGUUUGGAUGAAUGACAUUGAGAAUGACAGAGCUUACAGCAAGUGGUCAUCAUCAGUUGGAGAACUGUUGAGGCCAACAUAUCCUGGCAUGUUGCGCAGUAUCAGGAAGAAUUUCCAUAAUUUGGUUAUUGUUGCCGAACCAGAGAAAGCAACAACAGCCGACCUUAUAAGGCUGGUUGAAGGUUUCCUAACCCACAAUGCUCCUGUCCGCAUUGGUAUAGUGAUGUCCGUUAACCCUGACCAAACUCUAAGGGGUUAUGAUGAUGCUGGAGUGGCCAUGCUGUGUGCCUUCAAUUAUGUGGCUCAAAACUUGGAAGGCCGUGAGGAUGCAAACUACAAAGCACUUCAGUUCUUGGUUGAUCUGUACUCCAAUGUCCAAGGUGACAUAACAGUAGAUGAUGUAACAUCCCAUUUCAAGAGCAAGUACCGAAGUGUUGAUCUUGAAGAUGUGUUUGGAGAGGAUUCAGAUUACGAUGUUGGCCGUAUGCUAGCUCAAGAAUUUGUUGAGAAAGCUGGUAUCACAAGUCUGCCUCAGGCUCUGAUGAAUGGUGUUCCUCUGCCUGAAAAACAUUUGAAUGCAGAUGAAUUUGAAGAAGUUGUCUUGAUGGAUGUUAUGAGGACAACACAGACUUUGCAGCGAGCAGUUUAUAAAGGACAGCUGGAAGAUAAACAUGAUGUAGUGGACUGGCUGAUGAGUCUGCCAAACAUCAUGCCAAGGCUGAAUGAAAGAAUCCUAAGUACAAAGAACUCUAAAUUUAUUGACCUUACUGGUACAUCUGGAGAGACGCUUAGUAGUGUGCCUGUAGAGUCUUUUGCAACACAAAAAGCACCAGAGAUGACAGCAACUCUGGCCAACUCUUGCCGUUACAUCACCACGAAGAAUGACCACACCUUGCGACCUUUGACGGUUUGGAUUGUGGGAGAUUUUGACACCUAUGAGGGUCGAGCAAUUCUUCUAGAAGGUGUAAAGUACUUGCGAGAGAGCAACAGCAUCCGUAUUUGUGCAAUACACAAUACAGAUCUCUCUAGUGAAAGUCCUAAAUUAUUUAGCCGAGCAGUAGAAGUAGCACAAACAACUCUGCCUCCAGCUGUUGCAAGGCAGUUCUUGGCAAAGGUUCUUGAAAAGGAUAAUGCUAAGAAGAUUAUUGCUGGAACAAAGAAGUGGAAAGACUUUGAAAUUGCUGGUUUAGAUAUAGAUGCCUUCACAUCACGCAUGAAUUCAUUCAAGGAUUCAGUAUUUAAGGCUCACUCAGUAUUUUGCAAAAAGGUAUUAGCUCUCUCACCUGGACAAAGGACUGUUGUUGCCAAUGGUAGACACCUGGGAACAUUCAAGGCAACAGAAAAGUUUGUUAUGGAAGAUUUUGGCCUUCUAGAGAAAUAUGUUCAUUCCACAUUUGGAGAGAAGCUUACAGAAGUGUUGAUUGGUGAAGAUCCACCUGUGAAUAGUGAUAUCAGCGACUUGACAAUGAAGGUAGCUGGUGUGCUUCAGACCAAGCCACAGUCCAAGGGCCGCACAACCGUCAACCUUCGCUCUGACCAAUAUUCUGUGGUCAAAAUUCCUGCCAGAAACCCCAACAUGCCUGUAUUUGAUAUUGUUGCGGUAUGUGAUCCAGUGUCAAAUGCUGCACAGAAGAUUGGUCCAAUCCUGAUGGUACUCCAGGAGAUUGUCAAUGCUGAAAUUCGUGUCGUCCUGAAUGCUAGGGAGAAGCAUUCAGAAAUGCCACUUAGGAGAUUUUACCGUUAUGUACUGGAACCUGAGCCUCAGUUCACAGAGGCAGGUGACAUGACUGCUGGACCCUAUGCCCGAUUUACUGGUUUGCCGGAAUCAUCAAUUUUGACUCUGAAUUAUCAUGCACCAGAAAACUGGUUGGUAGAAGUUGUAAAAUCAGUGUACGACCUGGACAACAUCAAGCUUGAUUUAGUAGAGACAGGAGUUCACAGUGAGUUUGAAUUGGAACACUUAUUGCUGGAGGGUCACUGUUUUGAGCAGUCGUCUGGAAAUCCACCAAGAGGGCUUCAGUUCACACUGGGUAACAGGCAGCAACCAGUUCUGGUUGACACCAUAGUUAUGGCAAACUUGGGAUACUUCCAACUGAAGGCUAAUCCAGGAGCUUGGUUAUUGAGGCUACGGCAAGGAAGAUCUGCUGAUAUAUACACUAUUGCAAGCCAUGAAGGCACAGACACCCCAGUUGGAUCCGAGGAUGUGGAGAUUAUUAUUAGUAGCUUCCGAUCACACGUGGUCAAAGUACGUGUAGGUAAACAACCUGGAAAGCAACAUCUCGAACUCCUUGCAGAUGAAAAUGAAGAAUCAGGAGGACUCUGGAACUCCAUCACCAGGUAG